GUGAUGCUGUGACCAUUCUGGCUUUUCUCCCUCCUGUGGACUGCAAAACCGAAGGACCCUUGAACAGGUGGACAUGCUACUAUGAUCCCUAGACUCCUUUUCCUCCUCUGUUUCAGGCUGUGUGUUGGCCAAGGAGACAGGAGAAGAGAUGGCUCACUUCCCAAGCCCUCUCUCAGUGCCUGGCCUAGCUCGGUGGUACCGGCUAAAAGUAAUGUGACACUGCGAUGCAGGACUCCUACCAAGGGUGUAAACUUUGAUCUCAGAAAGGGAGGACACCUCAUUGAGUCCUCACAGUCACCUGAUUCUGCAGAGGGCCUGGCUGAAUUUCACCUCACUGAUCUGAAAAUCAGUCAUGCUGGAGAGUACACGUGUGAAUACUACAGAAGAGGGAGACCCUAUGUAAGUUCACAGCCCAGUGAUGUCCUUCUGCUGCUGGUGACAGGAAAUUUUCCUAAACCUUCCCUCCAAGCCCACCAAAGGGGUAAGGUGACUGAAGGAGAAAAGGUGACCCUGCAGUGCCAGAAGCCAGACUCUGAGACUGGGCCUAAAAUGUUUGCCCUACUGAAGGCAGGAAGUCCAAUGCCCAUCCUGCUCCAGGGUCCAGCAGAGCGGGAGACAAACUUCUCUCUUCAGAAUGUGACAGUCAAUGACACUGGGCAGUACAGCUGUGUCUACUACCAGACAACAGGUCCUUUCUGGGCCUCACAUCCCAGUGAUCACCUUGUGAUCUGGGUGACAGAUGCCACAUCAAGAGAUUACACCACGGGGAACCUCAUCCGACUGGGUCUGGGUGCCAUAAUUUUGGCUAUUAUGGGGGCUCUCUUGGUUGAAGCCUGGUGUAGCCAGAAGGAGUCUCAAAGUGGAUCCAGGUCCCACAACUGCUGGGGUGGGGAAGACAAGUGCUUGAUCAAGCUAGACCUGCUGAUUCUUAACAGUUCUGUGGAUCCUGCAUUCUCAGCUCUCUUGAGAGCCACUGCAAGGCAAGAGGAUGGCUUUCUUCUUCCUGUACUGUUCACCUGGGGCCAACAACAGGACUGAGCAUAAAGACUCACCUAACACGUUUUGAUGUGGAUGAUUGGAAAAAAUACUGAAAACUUCAGAGUCAGGCUGGGUGGCAUGUUUGGUUGAAGGGGCAAGAACCAUUCUUCCACUGAAAAGUGAAGAAAACAUUGCUUCCUGUAUAUUUAUUAUUGCUCCCCUCCAUUCUCACUGUUUUGUACUUUUGGACCAGCAAUUAGCCAUUGAAAUUUCUGUAUUUACCACAGAUGUCUUUUAAAUUUUAUUUCAUAUAUUCCCAACAUUUUACCUCAUUUUGGGAGAAUUCCACUGUAUUCCCUGGCAUCCAGUUCCGCCCAGUUAUAUCCAGUAUUUCUGGCACAGGUGUAAGAAGUCAUCCAUUAUAUUUUUACUUUCAAGAUCUGUGGUUGUUUCUUGUUAAUAAUCUUGGUUUUUUUUUCAUUAAUACUCAUUCUUAUUUUAGAACUAUUAUCUCCUCCAUUAUAGUUCAUGAGAUAUACUUAUGAAAACCAAGUUCUGAUUGUAAUAGAAAAGAU